AUGUCUGGGGGCCGCGGGGGGAGGGAAGGAGGGAGCGGGCGGACGGAGGCGGCCCGCGCGGCGGCGGCGGCACUGGCGGCGGCGGGGCCUGCUCAGCAGCCGGGCGCCCGGCCUGGGCCUCUGCCCGCGGCGCGGCCCGGCGCGGCGGCGGGCCCGGCGGCGGCCCCGGAGGCUGCCCCGGCGCGCCCGGCGGAGGGCGCGGGCGCGGCGGGUGCGGCUCCUCGGGGCCCCGCGGGGGCCCGCGGCGCGGCCGGGGCCGGGCCCGCAGCCGCGGCAGGCCCGGGCGAGCGAUCAGGCGGCGCGGCCCCCGCUGCAGGAGGCUGCCCCAGGGGCGGGGGGCCCGGCGGCCGCGGCCCCGGCGGCGGACGAGGACGACGGCGACGAGGAGGACGAGGCCGAGGCGCGGCUCCGGCGCGGCGGCCCGAGGCCCGGGGGGUGGCGCCGCCGGGGCCGCCGCCGCCGUGGUGGAGGAGGGGGGGGCCGGGGCUGCCGCCGCUCGGGGCCCCGCGGCGGGAGCGCCGGCCUAGGCCGGAGCCGGGGCCGGGGGCGCGGAGCGGGGCUCGGGGCCGCGGCCGCCGCCGUCUCGCAUCGCCGCCGGGGCCGCCUCGCCUCGCCGCGCCCCGCCUCGCCUCGCCUCGCCGCGCCGCGCCUCGCUUCGCCUCGCCUCGCCCCGCCUCGUUCCGCCUCGUCCCGCCUCGCGUCGCCUCGCCGGCCGGGCCGGGCCUCGCAGGCGGCUUGCAGCGGCGGGCGCGGAGCUCACUCGGCUACCAUCAUGGCCGCGGCGGCCGCAGCUUCCGACGGGAGACACCAGGCAGCUCGCGCCCGGGAGGGAGCCGCGGCCGGCCCGCACACCUGCGCCUGCGCCUUGAGCCGCCCUGCGCCGGGACCCGGACCCCCCGCCCCCCGGAGGCGGAGGCCCGUCCCCUGGACCCGCCCCCUCGCCCGCGCGCCUGCGCCCGGCGCCGCUCGGCUACGCGCCACACCCCCCGCACCUCCGACUCAGCCCCCGGGGCCCCGCCCCGGCCUCUGCUCCCGCGCCCACGCGCCUGCGCCCCGCGUGGAACUCCGCCCCCGCGUCCCGAUACCGCCCCCGGGGUGGGCUCCCCAGGCCGAGGCUCCGCCCUCAACCGCCUGCGCCCUGCUCCGACCCGAGCCAGCGGGAGAACUGGGGCUCAGGAAGGACCUGCCCAGCAAUCGCACCCCCGCCACCCCCAACGCGGGCCAGGCUGGGAUAUGGUGUCAGUCUUCUGGAGAACAGCCUCCCAUUGUGUCUUCAGUCUGCGCCCCCUCCCAUAUAAGUCCCCGGGCUCGCGUCCAGUCUCCGUCUCCUUAGGCUGCUGGGAAAACCCGAUCCAGAUUAAGGUAGAGAACAUACAGGCUAGACGUGGAGCACUGAUCCAGCCCUUUUUACGGCUGAGGAAACUGAGGCCCACAGAGGUUGGGACUCGCCGGGUCACGCGGCGGAGCCUGGUCUCAGAUCCAGCUGUCUGCCCUCCUCUUGGGCUCCCGAAUGUCUUGCCGCCCCCCAGGAGCACUGAGUCCAGCGUCACUGCCCGGGCAGGGACCGGCCCCGCCUCUGUCCAGCCCCCCAGGAGGGCCGGAGCCGAGGCAGGCCGGAUCGGUGCUGGAUCGAUGCCCCCGCGAUGGGACUUUGGUGCCCACCUCGUGGGGGGCGGGGGGAGUGAGAUGGUAGCUUUGUGUCGGCUCGCUCUCCCAAAGCCAGGACGGCCCUCUGCGCCCCCGGACUCGGGGUGGUUUGCGCUCGUUCUGACCUAAUGCAGUGGGCUGCAGCCCCCGCGGGAGGCGUGCACACCCCCCCCCAUCCUUAAGUGCUGGUGAGUGGUGUCCCAGGUCCACUCAACCAAUGAACGUCAAUUAGCUUUUUACUCGGGGAUAUUCAGCAAUAAUCGAAAUACAAAUAUCCCAGUCUUCGGGAGCCGCUCUCCUCUGUACCAGGGAGGAUGGAUUCAAACUUCACUUAGUUCCUACACAACAUUGAUGCCAAGUUCAUGCCCAGCUAACUGACCGGUAGUCCUCCUCUCUAUUACGGGUAGUGAGUCCUGAGGCCACCCUGGAAGCCACUGCUUGCUAAAUAGGCCCAGUGCGGAGCUGCAAUGCUCUUCUCCCUACUCCUGAAACAAAACCCACUCCCAGGCAGGCAAAGAAAGUCCGCGUGUAUCCAGAGAAGAGCUUGGUGGCCUGGGCCUAGGAUGAGGGGGCCCCGGGCCUCUCUGGCAGGAUUGCCUCUCACCAGAUGCCAUCAGCAAAGCAGUCCAUAGGAUCCCCAGAAGCACAGUGAGGAGAAAAUGGCCCAAGAGCCCCAACUGAGGCACACUCUGGCCUCUGUGAACAUGCCCCUAGUUCUGGUUAUGCAGCCAGUCCAAAAAAACCCAAAACAUGAGGAACCAAAUGCCGAAUAUCUAUGGCAUGCCCCCCCCCCAUGCAAAGCACUUCAUGUCAUCAUUACUGUCCUAGAAGUAGAAGCCCUCUGUAGGGAGACACUGAGGCACCCUACAUAAGAGCCAGACCCAAGUUACAUUUGUAACGCACAUUGCAGAU